UUUUUUUUUUUAUUAUUAUUAUUUCCUUACCUUUAAUCCAUAUACAUAUAUAAAUCGAUGACUAUUACAAGCCCUCAUGCAGAAACCGCUAGAAAUGCUUUAGCUCGUUUAAAGAGACUUGCAGGAGAAAGCUCUGAUGAAUGGAAGUAUAUACAAGAAAAAAAUAAUGUAAAGCUUUAUCACAAGUCAGAGGGAGAUUCUCCUUUUGUGAUUGUUCGUGGUGAUACUCUUUUAAAAGGACAUGAAUUUACUGCAGCCCAAGUAGCUUCUGUUGCUACUUUACCUGGUUGUAGAGCUAUCUGGGACGAAAAAUUCGAUACAUCUGAUAUUAAGAAAAUGUAUAACAAGUAUGAAUCCUUGUUUUGGAGUAAAGUCAAGACACCAUGGCCUAUUAGUCCUCGUGAUAUGUCCGCUACAUCUUUACGUGAAAUGUCUGACGAUGAGUGUUAUGUUGUCAUGACCUCAGUAGAGGACGAAGCUAUCCCUCCUGUCUCGAAUUGUGUACGUUCUAAUCUUUUAAUUUCAGGUUGGAAGAUUAUCAAGACAGAAGCAGGUAUUGCCAUCACGUAUAUUACACAAAUUGAUUUAGCAGGAUCAAUCCCUACUGCUUUCAUGAAGAAUGUUCAACAACAGGUAGCUCUCUGUGCAGGUACCGUUGUUCAAUACAUUACAAAGUAUGGGUUCCCACCCCUCACCAAGGAAUGUUCAGCAGAGUUUAAAAGAGAAGAAUUUGAACAUGCUGAGCGAGAAUAUAGUGCUAAUCUGGAUGGCUCAGGAGAAUGUCAAUGGUUAGUCUCUAGUAAAAUGUUUUCUAAAGUCAAGGUCCAUAUUAUGGGUAGUGAUCAUGCUACUUUUGAAAUUUCAACUGAUGAUAAAGGAAACAAGAUAGUUGAUGUUAAAGGUAUCGAUGGUCCCACUACAGUGAAGAUAUCUAACGCCUAAUAAAGUUUGCCACCAC